AGCAACUUCCGCGUUCUUUGCAUAGCAACAGGAGUGCAGCGAAGAUGGCGGAUUGUAUGGACCCCGUUAAAUAACGUGUGGGAAGUUGACGCCGAAAGAAGUGAGAAGCUGGAGUUUUUAACUCUUUAAACGGAGUGACCGAGUCCUCCAGGACUUACGCCCUAUGCCAUGGCGUCAGCUAAUGUCCGAAUCGGCCAACAAGCCUUGACCGUGCUGGAUGUGGCACUUCGAGUCCCUUGUAUCUUUAUUAUCGACGCCAUUUUUAACUCAUACUAUGAUCCUGGGUCAGGAUGGGCCGGGACAGCGGGCAACAUUUUAAUCCGAGUCAUGGGUAAGAUAAGUAUUAGCCACUGUCAACAUCUUGACAGCUAUCUAGCUACUAUUGCAGACACCAGUGUGGCUGUUCCGCGUCAACUGUCAACCGCGAAGGGCCUCGACCACAGUCCAAUCCUUCCAAAGCCGUUUUACCAGCGAUAACAACGCAAAGACCUUGUUUUGCGCAGUUGUUAGCCAGAUAGGUAGCUAUUAACCCUACCCUCACUCCUUCUAGGCUUUCUAGUACAGUUAGCUAGCCAACUAAAUAACGCUAGCCAAUAUGUUGGUCAUAUGCAUGCUCAUCAGACAAAUGAAUACCAGCUAGGUGUUGUAAGAUCAUUUACCUCUGGCCAAGUAGCUACUUAGUAAAGUUAUGAAGUAUGGGCUAAACCUGUUUUGUCAAUGCAGGACAAAUAACUGACGGUGUGGCCUUCAUUUUGGCCUGUCGAUACUGUCACAGGCAAACAAACAUGUUUAGAUGUCAAACAAACACGUCUAGGUAGUUUGCUGACCUCAAUGUGUGUUUGAUCAGUUACUUUUUGGGCAUACUUACUGCCCUGAAGUCCAACACUGUUUGCAUGACCCUUGUCAAACAGCCUACCUACCCUGCAAGUUACCAUCCUACACUCUCCUUGCAAACAUGUCAAUUGUUAAACUUAGACCUAUCUAUGUAAUGUUUUCAGACACAUUUUUAUAUACCAACCCUACCUUUGCGCUUGUUUACGCUGAACAACACUGGGGUCGGAAUGCAAUCAUGCUUACAUUAAGAGCCAGCGUGAGAUAUGGGUCUGAAAAUGUACCUUGAUGCACGGAUGGGAUAUGCCACUGUAUUCCAAAUUGUACCUUUAUCCACACUGAUACAUCGAGAAGAUUGAAAUACUGUUCAUUUUCCUGGAAAACGACCCUUUUCGUCCUCAUACUAGCAAACAGUAAACACUGCAGCCAAUUUUGAAAUGGCAGCGUCAGCCAUUCAGCUCCUUUGUUGUUCAACGUGACGUGCUUUUCCAUAAUGGCUGCUGUGGCUAGUGCUACCUACUAUGAGGACGAAAAGGGCAGUUUUCCGGCAAAACUAGCAGUAUUGAAAUCUUCCCGAUGGAGUAGUGUGGAUAAAGGUAAAAUUUGGAGUACAGUGGCAUAUCCCAUCCCUGCAUUGAGGUAUGAUUUCCGACCCAUAUCUCACGCUGGCUCCACUGUGUCUUAAUGUAACCAUGAUUGCGUUCCGACCCCAGUGCAGCUCCGUGUAAACAAGCGCAACGGUAGGGUCGGUAUCCACUGGCAAAUAGUUUGCCUAAAGUAAGAUACUGCCAAAUGACUGAUUCCUCUCCAGCUAAAUGUAGUUCUAAACCUUAUCAUAAAUCAAUACCUUUUGUACAGCAGAUGGUCUAUUUCACUUGAUGCUAUGUUGACACUAUGGUUUGAAUUUGUUUCAGGUAUCAUGGUCUCCAGUGUGGUCCUGGUGUUGUCACAGAAGGCCCUAUUCAAGUUCUACACACUAUUCUUCGCUGUGCUCCUGGGAGUGGUGGCCGUUCUUAUCAACUACUAUGCCAUAUCUCACAUAGACUUCUACAGCGCCUACUACAAAGCAGCGCUGGGUUUCAGACUCCUACCACGAAACGGGCCCACCCUAUGGUUGGGUAUGGCCGUGGUGCAACUCCUUUUCGGCAUGGGCUAUGUGGUACUGCUAAACAUUCAGUCCGUGUUUGCUGUUCUUGUGGUCCUGGAUAUCAUGAUUCCGCUGUGGGGGCUCAUCAUCGAGCUUCCCGUGGACGUACGGCAACUGGUAGCAGUGGCCUCUGGCUUGGCUCUGGCUCUGAACACGGCUGUGUGCCUGGCCCUUAAGCUCAAGUGGUUCUACUAUUCCUGCCGCUACGUCUACCUACUGUUGCGCCACAUGUACCGCAUCUACGGGCUGCAGCUUCUGGUAGAGGAUACCUGGAAGAGGAUCCGGUUCCCGGACGUGCUACGUGUCUUCUGGCUCACACGCAUGACAGCGCAGGCCAUCAUCCUGGUUUACGUAGUCAAGGUGGUACGGCACGAGAGCGGCGACCACAGCUACCUGACGUGGGACGUCUUCUGGGACCUGUUCAGCAACCUCAUCAUCAGCGGCUGCGACUCUACGCUGACUGUGUUGGGCAUGAGUGCCGUCAUCUCCUCCAUCGCCCACUACCUGGGCCUCAGCAUCCUAGCAUUCAUCGGCUCUACCGAGGAGGAGGACAAGCGGCUGGGCUUCGUGGCGCCCGUUCUCUUCUUCAUCCUGGCCCUGCAAACGGGCCUGAGUGGCCUGGACCCUGAGGAACGGCUGGUGCGGCUCAGCCGCAACAUGUGCCUUCUGCUGACUGCCAUCCUGCACUUCAUCCAUGGCAUGACAGACCCCGUGCUCAUGUCGCUGAGUGCCUCGCACGUCUCCUCCUUCCGCCGUCACUUCCCGGUCCUGCUGGUAUCGCUCUGCCUCUUCGUGCUGCCCGUUGUGCUCAGCUACACCCUGUGGCACCGCUACGCCCUCAACACCUGGCUGUUCGCCGUCACUGCCUUCUGCGUGGAGCUCUGCCUCAAGGUGGUGGUGUCGCUGACUGUCUACGGCCUCUUUAUGGUGGACGGCUACUACAACGUGCUGUGGGAGAAGCUGGACGACUACGUUUACUACGUGCGCUCCACAGGCAACAUCAUCGAGUUUGUCUUUGGCGUCAUCAUGUUUGGAAACGGCGCCUACACCAUGAUGUUUGAGUCAGGGAGCAAGAUCCGCGCCUGCAUGAUGUGCCUCCACGCCUACUUCAACAUCUACCUGCAGGCCAAGAAUGGCUGGAAGACCUUCAUCAACCGCCGUACGGCUGUCAAGAAAAUCAACUCCUUGCCGGAGGUGAAGGGUGGCCAGCUGCGCGACAUCGAGGACGUCUGUGCCAUAUGCUACCAGGAGUUUGCCACGUCGGCACGUAUCACGCCGUGCCAACACUACUUUCACGCACUCUGCCUCCGUAAGUGGCUCUACAUCCAGGACACGUGUCCUAUGUGCCACCAGAAGGUGUACGUUGAGGAGGAGGCCCGGGACAGGGCACCCUUCAACAACAACGGCUACGUGGCGCCAGGCAGGGACCUGGGCCAGUUUGCAGAGCCCGGCGGGGCAGAGGCCGCAGCAGCCGCAGGUGGGCCUGAGCCUGAGAAUGAACUACUAGAGGAUAAUGACAGUAUUGAGUAUGAUGAGGAUGAGUGGGGGACAGAGAACGGUGAAACGCCCAUAGAGGAAGACUAUAUUAAUGAUGACACAGACUCUAACGGGGACUGAUCAGCAUAUAGAGAUAAAUAUAUUAUAUAUAAGUUAAAAAAACAUCUUAAUUUUCUCAACAUCAGGGAUGUCACUUAUUUUCACUCUUAAGAUGUUUCCUUUUUUGUUUGUCUUUGGGUUAGCUCCUUCAAGGGCUUGCCGAGGUGUAGCUGCUAUGAUUGAGUGUGCCUAGGUGGUUGGGUGUCCCAACGGGUGCAGUUCCGUGUGAGAGACCCACAUUGCUUGUGUUUUGUAGGGAUGCCGUUGGUCGUGUGUUUGCUGUUUUGCUGAAAGAAAGUAAGCAGUGAGCCGAGAGGGGCUCCAAGAGCUCCGCGCCAAGAAGAGGUUUAAUUAAAAUGUGAAGUUCUACUGUAAUCGCAGAUAUACCUCUUAUCAUUACUACUGGUCUCUUGUGUGACCUUGCUUAAUUUGUGUACGUUAUUGUACAUGUAAUAAAAAUACACUUUCCCUUAGAAAAGAGAAGGUUGUAUUCAAAUGAGUGUUUUGAGAGAUGCUACUUUACUCAACUUCAAGAUAUGUUUGAGUGUUACCUUGAAAAUGAAACUGCACCAUGUUUUGCUCAGACCAUGUUAAUUAAGUGAUCUCUGCACUUCAACUCACUCAGUUCAAAUAGUUUUGUUAGUGAUGCUUAUCCACACUAUUGCAGUUUUAAAAGGGCAGUUGAUUUUACAUUUUACAACUGAAAUUACAUUCUUUAGAAAUGGUAACAGCUUCCAGAGCAACUAAAGAUUACAAUGUUAUUUUCAAUACAAUAGUAAUUAUUGUUAAUCAUGGUAAAUUGAAACUACUGAAGGUAUCACUUGUCCUAAUCAGGAAUUGAGAGGCAUCUUAUUUGAUUGUAAAGCUGUGGUUUCAGUUUGUUUCAGCAAUGAAGGACUUUGAUUAUUGGUUUAGUUGUUUGCUUUUAAUGAAAGGUAAAGCUGUUAAUUUUGCACACAAAAAAAAU